GAGGCGCACGGCGUGGGUUAGCGGCAAGACGUCGUCGGAGGAAGGCUGAAAAAGCCCAAGGUGCUGCCGUUGCUAGUACAAGUAGGACUUGCCGUUGCCGGAGUCGCGUCUGCACCCGUCUCGGACCCAGCGCAGCCCGCCGCCGCGGUUCCGGAGCCCACCCUGCCCUCGCCCGUGCCCGACCCGCGGUGAUGGAGCCGGCCACCGCGCUGCCCCCGGGCCCGCGCCCGGCGCUGCCCCUCGGGGGCCCGGGCCCGCUGGGCGAGUUCCUGCCUCCCCCCGAGUGCCCGGUCUUCGAGCCCAGCUGGGAAGAGUUCGCGGACCCCUUCGCUUUCAUCCACAAGAUCCGGCCCAUAGCCGAGCAGACUGGGAUCUGUAAGGUGCGGCCGCCGCCGGAUUGGCAGCCACCAUUUGCAUGUGAUGUUGACAAACUUCAUUUUACCCCACGUAUCCAGAGGCUGAAUGAAUUGGAGGCUCAAACUCGAGUAAAACUGAAUUUCUUGGACCAGAUUGCAAAGUACUGGGAGUUACAGGGAAGCACUCUGAAAAUUCCACAUGUGGAAAGGAAGAUCUUGGACUUGUUUCAGCUCAAUAAGUUAGUUGCAGAAGAAGGUGGAUUUGCAGUUGUUUGCAAGGAUAGAAAAUGGACCAAAAUUGCCACCAAGAUGGGAUUUGCUCCUGGCAAAGCUGUGGGCUCCCAUAUCAGAGGGCACUAUGAGCGAAUCCUCAACCCCUACAACUUGUUCCUGUCAGGAGACAGUUUGAGAUGUCUGCAGAAGCCAAACCUGAGCACAGACACAAAGGACAAGGAGUACAAACCCCAUGAUAUUCCCCAGAGGCAGUCUGUGCAGCCCUCAGAAACAUGCCCCCCAGCCCGACGAGCAAAACGCAUGAGAGCGGAGGCCAUGAAUAUUAAAAUAGAACCAGAAGAGACAGCAGAAGCCAGAACUCAUAACCUGAGACGACGAAUGGGUUGUCCAACUCCAAAAUGUGAAACUGAGAGAGAAAUGAAAAGCAUCGUCAAGCAAGAACCCAUUGAGAAGAAAGAGUACAUUGUAGAAAGCGAGAAGGAAAAACCCAAGAGCCGAUCUAAAAAAACCACCAAUGCUGUGGAUUUGUAUGUCUGCCUCUUAUGUGGCAGUGGCAAUGAUGAAGACCGGCUUCUUUUGUGUGAUGGGUGUGAUGACAGUUAUCACACCUUUUGCUUGAUCCCACCUCUCCAUGAUGUUCCCAAGGGAGACUGGAGGUGUCCUAAGUGUUUGGCCCAGGAGUGUAGUAAGCCACAAGAGGCAUUUGGCUUUGAACAAGCAGCCAGGGACUAUACCCUCCGUACUUUUGGGGAAAUGGCAGAUGCAUUCAAAUCUGAUUAUUUCAACAUGCCAGUCCAUAUGGUUCCCACAGAACUGGUUGAGAAAGAAUUUUGGCGACUGGUAAGCACUAUUGAAGAGGAUGUCACAGUAGAAUAUGGAGCCGAUAUUGCCUCAAAAGAAUUUGGCAGUGGCUUCCCUGUCCGAGAUGGGAAAAUCAAACUUUCACCUGAAGAGGAGGAAUAUCUUGAUAGUGGCUGGAAUUUGAACAAUAUGCCAGUGAUGGAACAGUCUGUCCUUGCUCACAUUACCGCUGAUAUAUGUGGCAUGAAACUUCCUUGGUUAUAUGUAGGAAUGUGCUUUUCUUCAUUCUGUUGGCAUAUUGAAGACCACUGGAGCUAUUCGAUUAACUACCUGCACUGGGGUGAGCCAAAAACCUGGUAUGGAGUCCCAGGGUAUGCUGCCGAGCAGCUAGAAAAUGUAAUGAAGAAACUAGCUCCAGAGCUCUUUGUGUCCCAGCCAGAUCUUCUCCAUCAGCUUGUGACCAUCAUGAACCCCAAUACCCUGAUGACUCAUGAAGUGCCUGUUUACCGAACUAAUCAGUGUGCUGGGGAGUUUGUGAUUACGUUUCCAAGAGCCUACCACAGUGGUUUUAAUCAAGGUUUUAAUUUUGCUGAGGCUGUUAACUUCUGCACUGUUGAUUGGCUGCCAUUAGGCCGACAGUGUGUGGAGCAUUAUCGUUUGCUUCACCGCUAUUGUGUAUUUUCCCAUGAUGAGAUGAUUUGCAAGAUGGCUUCCAAGGCUGAUGUACUAGAUGUCGUCGUGGCUUCAACUGUUCAGAAAGACAUGGCCAUUAUGAUUGAGGAUGAGAAAGCUUUAAGAGAAACUGUCCGUAAAUUGGGAGUAAUUGAUUCAGAAAGAAUGGAUUUUGAGCUGUUGCCAGAUGAUGAGCGUCAGUGUAUAAAAUGCAAAACGACAUGCUUCAUGUCUGCCAUCUCCUGUUCUUGUAAACCUGGCCUGCUUGUUUGCCUGCAUCAUGUGAAAGAAUUGUGUUCCUGUCCCCCUUAUAAAUAUAAACUGAGGUACAGAUACACUCUGGAUGAUCUCUACCCCAUGAUGAAUGCAUUGAAGCUUCGAGCAGAAUCUUACAACGAAUGGGCCCUGAAUGUGAAUGAAGCUUUGGAGGCAAAGAUUAACAAAAAGAAAAGCCUUGUGAGCUUUAAGGCUUUAAUUGAGGAAUCGGAAAUGAAGAAAUUCCCAGACAAUGAUCUUUUGCGCCACCUUCGCUUAGUCACACAGGACGCGGAGAAGUGUGCUUCUGUUGCUCAGCAGCUGCUUAAUGGCAAAAGGCAAACUAGAUACCGAUCUGGUGGAGGAAAAUCCCAAAAUCAAUUGACAGUGAAUGAACUCAGACAGUUUGUGACACAACUGUAUGCUCUUCCAUGUGUCCUCAGUCAAACGCCUUUGCUAAAGGAUCUCUUGAAUCGUGUAGAAGAUUUCCAACAGCAUAGCCAGAAAUUGCUUUCUGAGGAGAUGCCCAGUGCUGCUGAGCUGCAAGACUUGCUAGAUGUCAGCUUUGAAUUUGAUGUUGAACUUCCACAGCUUGCUGAGAUGCGUGUCCGUCUGGAGCAGGCCCGCUGGCUAGAAGAGGUGCAACAAGCUUGCCUAGACCCCAGCUCCCUUACACUAGAUGAUAUGAGACGUCUCAUAGACCUAGGGGUGGGUCUAGCCCCAUAUUCAGCAGUGGAGAAAGCAAUGGCCCGGCUUCAGGAGCUGCUUACGGUGUCAGAGCACUGGGAUGACAAAGCCAAGAGUCUUCUCAAGGCCAGACCUCGGCAUUCAUUGACUAGCCUUGCUACGGCAGUUAAGGAGAUUGAGGAGAUCCCCGCUUAUCUGCCAAAUGGUGCGGCUCUGAAAGACUCAGUGCAGAGAGCCAGGGACUGGCUUCAGGAUGUAGAGGCCCUGCAGGUUGGAGGACGUGUGCCAGUGUUAGACACACUCAUAGAACUUGUUACACGAGGCCGAUCUAUCCCGGUACAUCUGAAUUCUUUACCAAGACUGGAAUUACUAGUAGCUGAGGUUCAGGCUUGGAAAGAAUGUGCUGCUAAUACAUUCUUGACUGAGAAUUCUCCAUAUUCUCUUUUAGAGGUGCUGUGUCCUCGAUGUGACAUUGGCCUUUUGGGAUUGAAGAGGAAGCAGAGAAAGUUAAAGGAGCCCUUGCCAAGUGGAAAGAAGAAAAGCACCAAAUUAGAGAGUCUGAGCGACCUGGAGAGAGCUUUAACUGAAAGCAAAGAGACUGCUUCGGCUAUGGCAACACUUGGGGAAGCUCGCCUAAGGGAAAUGGAAGCCUUGCAGUCUCUCAGACUAGCCAAUGAAGGGAAGUUGCUGUCACCUGUCCAAGAUGUGGAGCUGAAAGUCUGCCUGUGUCAGAAGGCCCCAGCUGCCCCUAUGAUCCAAUGUGAACUCUGCAGGGAUGCUUUCCACACUAGCUGUGUGGCAGUACCCAGUAUUUCGCAAAGCCCCCGAAUCUGGCUUUGUCCCCAUUGUCGGAGGUCAGAGAAACCUCCAUUAGAGAAAAUUCUGCCCCUGCUGGCCUCCCUGCAGCGUAUCCGAGUUCGCCUUCCCGAGGGAGAUGCACUUCGGUAUAUGAUCGAAAGAACCGUGAACUGGCAACACAGAGCCCAGCAACUGCUUUCAUCAGGGAAUCUCAAAUUUGUGCAAGAUCGAGUGGGCUCAGGACUGUUGUAUAGCAGAUGGCAAGCUUCAGUGGGACAAGUGUCAGAGACCAGCAAGGGAUCUCAACCCACUGGCACAACAUCCUUUUCCUUGCCUGAUGACUGGGACAACAGAACCUCAUAUUUACACUCUCCCUUCUCUACUGGACGAAGUUGUAUCCCCCUCCAUGGUGUUAGCCCAGAAGUGAAUGAGCUGUUGAUGGAAGCUCAGCUGCUCCAGGUAUCCCUUCCUGAAAUUCAGGAACUUUACCAGACUUUACUUGCAAAGCCGACCCCUGCUCAGCAAACUGACCGGAGCUCACCAGCUAGACCCGGCGGUGAGAAGAAUGACUGCUGCCGUGGGAAACGAGAUGGAAUCAACAGUCUUGAGAGAAAACUGAAGAGACGCCUGGAAAGAGAAGGCCUCUCCAGUGAUCGGUGGGAUCGAGUUAAAAACAUGCGGACCCCCAAAAAGAAGAAAAUCAAACUGAGCCACUCCAAGGACAUGAACAAUUUCAAGUUAGAGAGGGAGCGUAGCUAUGAAUUAGUCCGUUCUGCCGAAACUCAUUCCCUGCCCUCAGACACAUCCUAUUCUGAACAGGAGGACUCUGAGGAUGAAGAUGCCAUCUGCCCAGCUGUGAGCUGCCUGCAGCCAGAAGGAGAUGAGGUGGACUGGGUCCAGUGUGAUGGCAGCUGCAAUCAGUGGUUUCAUCAGGUCUGUGUUGGUGUUUCUCCAGAGAUGGCAGAGAAAGAAGACUACAUCUGUGUGCGCUGUACUGUGAAGGACGCACCAAGCCGAAAAUAAAACACACGCACACACACACACACACACACACAGACAGACACACACACACACAACACCCCCCCGCCCCCAACCACUUAACGUAAUUCAGGACUCCAACCAAGAAGAUUUCUUCAAUUUCUCAGCAAAGCUACAGGACUGGUAUUCAAACCAGCCUGUAAACGGUGCUAUUUCUAUUCCUUACGGGAUCAUUUUUCCAGAACUCUUUGAAAAAAAGAAAAAAACAACUAAAAAAAUUUUUGACACUUUUUGUAUUUUUUUCCUUAAGAGCUGUUUGUGGUUGUUGAGGUUUGAAAUGCUGACUGUUUUUUUGCAGGGGUUUCCACCAAUUUGGAAGGCAUUAGAGCUUGCACCUUUUCAUGUACAGCAUUAAAAUCUUACCUCUGUCUGGGAUUUACCGGCUUAAGAGUCCAACUCAGUUUCAGUGCCCAGAAGGGCACCAGAAAUUCCAGUAAAUCCUCAUUUGAGGAAUUUCUCUCUUGUUUACUCUGUUGCCAUUUUGGGGAACUUAAGUUUUUCACUUUUGGGGUUUUUUGUUUGUUUCUUUAUCCACUUUUCUUUUCCUGGUAGACUAGGUUUAUUUAUCUAAGCAAUAACUUCUAUGUUGGUUUCAGUGGCUGGAAUUAAAACAAAACAAAACAAACUUCCAAACAGUGUGUUGGUGCUUUAGCAUUUGGUUGAUGUACAGAACACGAAUGUCUAGUUUCUAGUGUCACUGAUGAACUAGUGAUGUAGAAAAGAGACUGCUCUGUAAGUCAUUGCCACAGCUGUAUUUUGGCUUUCUCCCUGCCCCUUCGUUCCUCUCCUUAUUUUUUUGGUAGCUUGUAUCAAAUGUUGCAGUUUAUAUUGUGGAAUAAAUCCUUGGUCCUAAUUUAACACUAAAUGCUGGUUAUUUAGAGCCAUUAGACUGCAGCUUCUCCUGCCCCUCUACUUUGUGGGCUUUGAAGAACUAGAGGGGGGUUGCUUGCUUUUGCCUCUGCCCAACUAGGCCCCAGUAGCAGUGGACGAUUCUUUUGUAUCCUGCUCUGUUUGGCGGGCCAUGUGCCUCCAGUCUCCACUAAUAAAGAACCCCACCCAGUCUCCAUGGAAUAGAACUUGUCUUUAAAGCCAUGCUGUUUUUAAAUAAGCUUUUCAGAAUGGUGGCAAAUCAUUCCAAUCCUCAAAUCGGUCUUCCUUGUGGAAAUGAAGUCUUUGUUAUAUUUGAAUUGACAGGGAAACUGGGUUUUGGGUUAAGAUGUCAGAAGAGCAUCUGAGGAAGAUGAUCCUCACGGAAGGCUGCAAAAAUAUGGGUUGAGGGACAGCAAGAGCUUGUGACACCCAGGCUCUGCGUCCCUGACUUCCUUCCCUGUCUCUUUCCAACUCUAGCUGUUAUUACUGGUUGUCAGUAGUCCAUAGCCUUUCCCUUCCUUUUCUUUUUUUAAAGGCCUCUGUUCUGCCGUGGAGAAGACAUUCUGGUGAACAGAGCAGACUCUUGCUUGGUUUUUCUCCUUCUGUUAGUAAUAUUUUCCCCCACAUUCUAUAGCCAUAAACCUGGAGAUGGGUAGAACUAGUGGGUCUUUAAUAAAACAACAAAACAGCAGUCUGUGAUGUAGCAGAGAUUUAAAUGUACUACCCCCUUUUAUGCAAUUCAAAUAAUUAAAUCUCUUGUAAGAAUGACUUGUAAUUGUCUGCAGUUUUCCCACAGUUGUUGUGAUGUUUCUCCUUGUCUGAUGGGGAUUCUGGGGCCAACAGAGAAGAAGAAAUCUCCAGAGUACAAUCUGGAAUAAUAGUGGUGUGGCCUUUUUUAAGUAUCCAAAUUCUUAGAACCCCUUGACAUUGGGACAGGAUGCCAACUGUCCCAGUUCCAUUGAGAAUAUAAGCUAAAAGGGGACACUGCGGCUAAAAUGAAGCCUCUGCCUUUAGAGAGCUUUUGCCCAUCUGGGUGUGCACCUCCCAUGCCCCUGCUAGUUCUUCCUCACCUUUGGGUUGUACACAAUCCCUGACAAUAGCAUUCUUAGUGAGGUAGAUUCUCUGCCUCUCUGAGUUAGGGGGAGAAGGCAGGAAUGUGUGUAUUUAACAUCCGCGCUGUCCCCCCUUCCCCCAUGCGGGAACCACUGAUCUUUUUAUAAAGGAUGAUGAUACUGAAGUUAGAGUGUCAGUUGCCCCAAAUUCUACUGCUGGUAAAUGACAACGCCUGGGUGGUGUCUUCCAAGUCUCUUUUAAUAUUCCUCCUACCUUGUGUGCUAACGUGGUAAAUGAACAGAGGUACAUUUACUUUCUAAUUGAUACCUUCUGUUAAGUACUCAGAACAACUACAAAGUGAUGUUACCGAAAAGCCAUGUUUACUGUGUAUGAGCUGUGAAGCCGGCCUGCAUCCUAGAGAAACAUCUGCACCUAGAGAAAGAAGAUAAGACACACAGAGAAACUGCUGUUUCACCUCCGUAGUCCUGCCGCUGCAUGAGGUGUGAGGAGGAAGGGCUGUUAGAUGGAGCCCUAGCCAAGAGGGUAAAGGAGUCUAGUGAACUCGGCACCGAACGGUGGAUGGGUGCCCUGCCUUAUCCCGGUGACUGUGUGUUGUAUUUCUAUUUUUCUUUCCAAAUCAGCCUCUAGGGGAUUUCUUAUAUGGAAUAAAGAAAGGGCUUGCUUGUAUGUAGGCUCUGUCUAGCCUGGAGAAAGAUUGUGUGAUUUGAGGACUAGCCAUAAAGGAGGUGGACUUAUUUACAACUCCAUUUCAGUGUCCUGGGAGGUGGGAGUCCUUGUUCUAUCUCAGGGUUAGCCUAAAGCCAGAGAUGCUGGCUAUGGCGGUGGAGGUUGGUAAAAGCCUGAGUUUUCCUGCUUCAUUCUGCCGUAUGGAGCUUAAAAAAAAAAAAAAAAAAAAAAAAGUGUAAAGAUCAUGAGAUUUUAGGUCUUAUGUUUUGGCAGAAGUAUCUGAGAUUCACUUAAUUUGCUAUUCUGCCCACCAUAAAAAGCAACAUUACCCUUUGGGUAUUUGUGCAGGAUAAGUCUGAGAACAGAGUGGAUGCCUACCUGGAAGAGGGUAAAACUUGGUUUUGCCUUGUACUUUCCAUUGAACUCUGAAGGCCCUUUGGAAAUGGGUGUCUGCCUCUUUUUUUUUUUUUUUUCUUCUUCUUCUUAAUUUCAUAUAUAGUAUUGGUGGGUAUUUGGCAUUCCAUUAAGACCCACUUCUGGCUUGGAUCAGGCAUUGAUUGGUAUUUAGUGCCCAUGGGUGUUCUGGGCUCAAUCUUGCCUAGGUUUCCUGCCAUAUAACACAGACUGGAAGGGAUUAGAGAUGCUACAUACCUGUGACAGGAGAUAGAAUUGAACAAGUAUUUUAAGAAUCAUUACCCAUUGCCAGUCAGCAACUGACUGUGCUAGUCUAUGCUGGGCAUCAGCCUGAAUUAAAAGGUCUUUGCCGUAAUGGUGCAGAAAACACACCCCCUUCUGAUGAAACUUUGCCUGUUGGGAAGAAGAGCUGAGAAAAACAGUGAAGAUGCCAGUGCCUUUAUUUAUCAGUUCCAUAUUCGAGUUGGAGUCCUUUCUCAGCUUCUAGUUGAGCACCAGAGUGAUGGCCUCACACCUUCCGCCCCUGUCGUCAGUCCCUUGCAUGUGGCUCCUCAAGCCUCCCAUCUCUCUCUCAGAGGUUCCACGUAUAACUUGUAAUAGAAAUGUUAAAUGACAAGCUGCCUAAACAAAACAUUGUAUAAAGUAGGAUCUUGUGUAAAGUAAUACUGUUGUAAAUCCAUUUUGAGAGCAUAAAGAAUUUGUAAAGUGUA